AUGUCAACCCAAAGAGUCGCCUUCAAAGUCCACGGUACCGUACAAGGUGUCGGAUUUCGAGACUUCACACAGAAAUGUGCAACCAGCUUUGAGCUCAAGGGCUGGGUGCGAAACACUACUUGCGGACGGGUCGAAGGCGAGGCACAGGGCAGCGAUGAAAUCAUGAAAAAGUUCUUCCAGCAGAUCGGCAAGGGGCCCCGAAUGGCUCAUGUGGUCAAAAUUGAGAAGCGGGAUAUGGAUGUGCAGGAUGGCGAGGAUCAUUUUGCUGUUAUGAGGACUGGAGAGUCCAUGUUUGAAUCUGGGAACUAG